GACCCUGACAGACAUUCAGUUGCUUUGGUGCUGUCAAAGAUUCAAGACAUUCUGUACAUUUAAUCAACAUCACUAAUGGCACGUCUGUGUUUAUUUUUUCGACAUCAACGCAUUAUACAGAAAAAUCUUCGUACUCAAAAUCCGGUUUUUUAUUGUAUGAUUAAAUCAUUUAAUACGCAAAUUAAAUGCAACAAUCAUGUUUACACUAAAUGGAAUAACAAUAACAAAGUUCAACUUAAUAACAUUCAACACUAUUCAUCAGCUUUGCGGAUAAACCAUGAAAAUAUAUUUAAAAGCGCUAUUCCUGAUAUUCCAAACUAUCAUGGAAUAUUCCUUCAUGAGUUUAUUUGGAGGAAUAUGCAAAAGUGGUGGGAUAAAACUGCAUUGGUAUGCGCAAUGACUGGGCGAUCAUAUACUUAUGAACAAUUGAAGAGAUUAAGUGGACGAUUAGCUACAUUUCUGCGAAAACAUAACCUUCGACCUGGUGAUACUAUUGCAGCAAUUCUCCCUAACGUGCCUGAAUAUGCAAUACUCUUAUUAGGAGCUAGUGAAGCAGGUCUUCAAGUGACACUGAUAAAUCCUAUUUACACAUCGAAAGAAAUUGAAAAACAAUUGAUCAAUUCUGAAACUGUUGCUAUUAUUACAACUGUUUCAAAGUAUCCAGUUGUUGCAGAAAGUAUUGUUAAUAAUUCUGCUAUUCGAUUACCAACAGUAGUGGUUGCAGAUGGAACGGGACCUGUACCAUCUGGUACGAUUAAUUUCAAUGACUUAAUUUCUGGGAGUGUUGAAGAAUUCGAAAAAACUGGACAAAAGACUGAACAAAAUCCUAAUGAAGAUACCUUAGUGCUACCUUAUUCUAGUGGAACUACAGGACUUCCUAAAGGUGUCGAACUCACUCACAGGAAUAUUGUUGCAAAUCUUUAUCAAUUUGGAGCAAAAGAAGUCAAUAUAUCUGGAGAAGCUAUUGGAAAUCAUCAGGAAAUUGUACCAUUAUUUUUACCAAUAUAUCAUAUCUAUGGUCUUGUUUGUAUAUUAUACUAUUAUCUUAGUAUUGGAGCAAAAAUUAUUUGCAUGCCUCAAUUUUCAUCGACAGCUCUUCUAGAGGUAUUAGAAAAAAAUAAAACGACGCUUCUGUACGUAGCUCCACCAAUAAUUCAACUGUUAGUAAAUGAAGAAAGAUUUACGACUAGUCAUAUCGAAAACGUCAAACUUUUGAUGUCUGGAGCAGCCCCAAUGGGUGAAGAAAUGAUUGAUAAAUUUCGAACAAAGUGUAAAAUUCCAAUCGAGAUAGUACAAGGGUAUGGGUUGACUGAGACUUCACCUGUAAUUUCUAAGAGUAAGAAAGCUCCUUUAGCAUCCUCAGGGUUAAUACUCUCGAAUACAGAGCUUAGAAUUGUUGGUUGUGAUGAUGAAAAUAAAAACAAGAAUUUAGGAGUAAAUGAAGUUGGAGAGAUAUUUGUAAAAGGACCACAAGUCAUGAAAGGAUAUUAUAAAAAUCCACAAGCUACUCAAGAGUGUAUGGAGGGUGAAUGGUUCAAAACUGGUGACCUGGGACUUAUUGAUGAUCAAGGUUUUCUGUACAUAAAAGGACGACUUAAAGAACUGAUCAAGGUUCAGGGCUACCAGGUAGCUCCUGCUGAACUCGAAGACGUUAUUCUAGGUCAUGAAAAAGUUGCUGACGUAGCAGUCAUUGGAGUACCACACGAACGAUACGGAGAAAUACCCAAAGCCUUUAUCGUUCCUAAACCUAAUAUGCGUAUCGACGAACAAGAGUUGAAAGAAUUUGUAGCAAAACGUGUUGCUAAAUAUAAAAAUCUUGGCAACGUUGCUAUCAUCGAUAAAAUUCCUAAAAGUCCAGCUGGAAAAAUUCUUCGACGUAUAUUGCAACAGAUGUAGUUAUCUUUAUUUACACAAAGAUACGAUGAA